AUGGCUUGGAUCGAGUCGAGCCCUGGCAUCUGGGGAAGACCUCUCGCACUGACCGAAAUUGGAAUGAUAGCACCUCUUGCCAGCUUGCUGCCUUCAAAUCCUGCGUACCCUGCAACGCAAGUUGUCUCUGCCUUACGGAGUGCUUGGAAGGCCCUGAGGUUGUUGCGGUCUCCUGACAUUGCAACAACAUUCAAAGAUGGCCAGAAAAUCUACAGCGUAACAAAUUCAGAGGAUCUGGAGAAAUGGCUCGAGGAUACGUUCACGUUGAAAGACAUAACCACUAGCCUCAAGGAUGCUGUUCGCGAUGAGCAGCUCAAAGCAACACUUCUUCCUACGCUUGCCCUACUACCAGAGACUGCAACAGAGAGUAAUUUCAUCGGCUCGGUUAUUCUUUUCAUUAGUCAUUGGCGGACUGAGGCUGCAGGCGUUUUCAAGAUGCUAGACCAGAUAUUCGACUAUGCCGAGGAUUUACUUACUGGUUCAUCUACCGCAGCAGCACUAGAGACGCACGUAUUGGGAAGUGAGGCCAAUCUUUUGACACCAGCACUCGACGAUAUCUUUAUGUCAGGAAAAAGACCCUCUGACGAGGCUAAGGCUCGUGUGACACAAGACUUCUCAAACUACUAUGCUAACUUCCCACCGCUGGACUACCCUAUGCAAAGAGAACCUACAGCAUCACCCUCAUAUCUUAAAGUCAACCAACGCACAUACACAGUGUCAUCGACUUCAACCCUGGUCGCCUCAUGUAAAGCCAAUAAUGUCACAAUCACAGCUGCCGUCCAUGCAGCGUAUCUCGGUGCAGUCUGGCAGCUUGCAAGCCCGGAAAGCGAGAAACGGAGCUACGCCUCGAUCAUGCCAGCACAACUUCGAACGCGUCUCCCCAAAUCAUCACCAUAUCGCGAACAAGGAUGUUGGGACUCGGCUCGAAUGCUUCUUCUCACCGCACCACCUGACCAGGACUUCCUGACAAGAGCCCAAAACCUGAAGACACAAUACGCUCGAGCAAACACGGACGAAUGGCUCUACGACGACAUCGGUCAAAUACCUGUCCAGAUGGGGUUGCCUCCAGCAAGCGACUACCCUCUGCCAAUUUCCAUGCCAUAUUUCACCAGUAUCGGUGUGCUAGAUAAUGAAGUAAUAGUGCCCGACCACGGCGGGUUUCAGGUAAAUUAUCUCACUUUCUGGGCUGAUUCGACCAUGCCAGGUAUCGUGUUGAGGCUGUGGACUUUUAAAAAGAGAUUGAAUGUCCAGAUACAGUGGAAUGCGGCUUAUCAUAGUGGUGCGUCUAUUCAGCGGACUCUGGAUAUUAUUGAGGAGAUAUUGAAGCAGGAACUUGGAAUGACUGUGGAUGUUGAGCGAAGUAGUGUCGAGGAGUAUAAUGGCUGA